CUCAAACAAUUUGAGCUUACAUAAAGGAUCUUGUAUCUAGGAGUUUAGUUUUGGUUGACAGUUUGAGCUUAGAUGGCAAGAUUAAGUCAUGUAAGGUGCACGACAUCGUACAUGACUUUUGUAGGAAUGAAGCAAUAAAGGAGGGCCUCCUACAUGCUGCAAGUAGAUAUUUGGAUGAACCACAUUCAUCUGUAACGACGACUGAACGUUGGUUAUGUUUUGAAUCAAUGUAUCCUAAACUUGAGGUGCACACUGGCUUCAACAGGUAUGGUUCCCUCUUUUGCUUUCAUGAUGAUGGUCAUAUGACUCCUCAACUUUAUCAACUUCCUGCAACCCCUCAUUUCAAGAAAUUGAGAGUACUAGAUUUAGGUUCUCUCCACUUCAUUACCGGUAUACCUUCAUAUGUUGCGGAUCUAAUUCUUUUGAGAUACCUAGCUCUGCGCCCAUCCAAGUCUCUUAACAGUUUACCCUUGUUAAAGGAUUGGAAUUUACAAACUCUUGUGCUUUUAGAAAAUUGGGGUGUCAGUACAAGUGCAGAAGACCCCAAACCUUUGAUACCUGAAAUUUGGGAGUUGCCAAAGUUGAGACAUCUCCAAUUUUGCAGAACAAUUGUGUUGGGUACUCCAACUGUGGUUCAUCAAUGCAUACAGACAGUUCAAUGGUUGCGUCCAUUCCAAUGCACAGAGCAAGUAUUUUUGAGCAUUCCGAAUGCAAAAGUGAUGGGAAUUUUCAUGGAGGGUAGUGUGGAAUUUGGAGAGCCCAAUUGUUUGGAUAAUUUGAGGUGUUUAAAUCAACUUGAGGAACUAAAAAUUGAAAGCAGACACAAUCCUAUGUUUCUUCCGGUUGUGUAUGCUUUUCCAGUACAGCUCAAAAAAUUGAAACUGAAGGGAACUUUGGUGCCAUGGGAUGCUAUGAUAGUUAUUGGUAUGUUGCCUAACCUCCAGGUGCUUAAACUUAAAAAUGGAGCUUGCCAAGGACCACACUGGGAACUAACUCAAGGUAGUUUUCGUCAGUUAAAAUCAUUGCUUAUUUACGGAUCAGAUUUGAUGCACUGGGAAGCCACUGGUAAUAAUGUUUUCCAUGUCCUUGAGAGCCUAAUUCUUAAAGAAUGUUAUGAAUUGGAAGCAAUCCCUUCUAGUUUUGAAGAUAUACUCACUCUAAAGUUGAUUGAGUUGUGUCAUUGUUAUUCUCGGCUUGUCAACUCUGCCAACCAAAUACAAGAAGUGCAAAGAGAUUACGGAAAUAAUGGACUUGUUGUUCGUGCCUACAAUAUUUGGAGAAAUGCUGAAGAUGUACUUGAGGAUGAACUUAAAGAGGAACUAGAAGGAAGAUAGUGAAGGAGAUUUUGAGGAAUAAUUAACGAUACCAAAUUCAGAACUGUGGAUUCAUCACAAUCCUAAGUUUAUAUAUGUUGGCUGCUCUUGAAUUGUUGCAGAGUUGGAAAGAAAUUUGUAGAGGA